UGAAUGGGUAAAGCACAUCCGUUAGCGUAUCCGGAAAUGUUGAGGCGAGACCCAAGAAACUCUCGAGCUAAAGCGCACCAAAACCGCGUAAAAGCCGAAUGGGGCAGUUCGAGGAUCAGUUGGCAGAAGAAGUGCGACGUUAUAAGCACUUAUACGACCCUUCUUCAAAACAUUACAAACAAAGCGACGUGAUGCUGAAGUCCUGGAAGGAAAUCGGCAAAACACUGGGCGAAGAUCCGGAGGUGUGCAUGAAGAAGUGGAAAGCAAUCCGAGAUAAAUUUGUGCGCCUGAAAAAAAGGUUAAAGAACAGAAACGGGGACUCCGGCCCGGACGAAGAGAAAGAACCGGAGUAUUGCAUGAGGUUGUCAUGGCUUAACGGCUUUAUUAAACACCGAGACACGAAGAACGACUUGGUCUCUAAAAGUGAAGCGGGAGAAUGGAGGCGGACUACAGUCCAGCACGCGCCCUGCAGCGACGACGACGACGACAACGACUCCGCGUGCACGGAAGUGUCGUCAGUGAGCCAGCCCGUCAAGAAGAGGAAGCGAGUCUCCAAAGGGGAGGACAUGGGGGACAAAAUAUCAACGCUGCGUCAAGAAAUGGUGAACUGCACGGCGCUGGUGUCCCAGCUGAGCGCCAUCACGGAAUCCCGAAGAAGCAGCGACGAGUUUUUCACUUUUGCCCAAGCUGUAGCGGACUCUCUCCGGAAACUUCCACCUGAGCGAGUGGAGGCUACUAAAGUCAAACUGUUUACUGUGCUGGGAGAAGCUCAUAAUGCAGCCAGACUUUAAAACACACACACACACACACACACACACACACACACACACACACACACACACACACACACACAGGUAUGUGUUUGUUAUGCACAAAUAUCUAAAAAAUCCCUCUUUGUAAACCACCUUGUCCUCUGAUCCGCCAGCAUUCGUAAAGUUAUAAAUAGGAGCUAUUUUUAUAUUAAACUAAAGUGUUCUGACA